GUCACAUGUCAUUUGUCGUUAUCGUUAGACGUUUCAUUGCAUCUUAUCAAAAAAUACAGAACUGUGAAACAGUUACUGUUGUCCCAAUUAAUGUUUAUUUUAUCAAUUAAUGUUUAAUAUUGUUUAGUGAAUAAUAUAAUUAUCUUUAAUCAGCUCCAUUUUUCUUUAAUUAAUACUUUUCAUAUAAUUCCCAUUCAGUUUAACUUUUUGAUCACAAUAUUUGUUUUAAAACAAUUUUUUGCUUCUUUAAGUUUUUUUCUAUGAGUGUUUUUUAAUUAAUUUAAAAUCCUUAAAAUUACAUAACAACAUGUCUAAAAGACACGCUGAAGAGGCGGGUAGCGGUAGUCAGCCCCCAAUAAAAAAAAUUCACUUCGAACCCCACUUGAUAGGUCCAGUUUCUACUUUGGAAGAAAUGGACAUUAAAGUACUACAAUUUCAGAAUAAAAAGUUGGCUCAGAGGAUAGAACAAAGAUGUCGAACAGAACAAGAAUUACGACAGCGAAUUGAACAACUUGAAAAACGGCAAACACAAGAUGACGCUAUGCUGAAUGUUGUAAACAGAUACUGGAAUCAACUCAAUGAAGAUAUAAGAAUAUUACUUCAGAGGUUUGAUGCUGAAACUGCAGAUGAAUCUGAAACCAAAAAUGAAAAUGAAGCAACUACCUCUUUCUUGAUGCAACUAUCUACUUGGGACAAAGAUGAGUUGAAUGAUAAACUUGCAAAUAGAGUGCAAGUAUCAAGAAGAGCAGUUGCCAAAGUUAUUCAAGCUUUUGACAGGUUGAUGCAGAGGAAUGAGAAGAUUACUUUGGCACUUAAAGGAGAAUUAGAAGGGCAAGAUGCACCUUCUGUUGAUGAAGCGAUUCGUCAAACUAAUAUCCAGCUUCAGAGUGAAAAUAGAAAUCUACAAGCGUUACACACGACUUUACAUGAAAAAUAUCAUACACUCAGCUUAAAAAUUAGUGAAUUACAAGAUACUAGAACUGCUAGAGAAACUGAAAAUGCUGAGCUGAAAAAUCAAAUUGAUGACCUUCAGUAUGAACUUGACAAAGUUCGCAACAGAAAUGAUAAGCUUGAAACACACCUUGCCGAGGCUGUGGAGAAGUUGAAAGCAUACCAUCAACUUCACGGAGAUCCUGCUGAUAAGUCCGGUAAAGAACAGAAACCUGCUCCUCAAACGAGUGUUCCUCAAGCUAAACUAGAGGAUCUCAUGAAGGAAGUGGAAGAGUGGAAAGAACUUGCUAAUAAUAGAUUACAAGAAUUAGACAAGUUGCAUCAAACUCACAGGGAAACUCUUAAAGAAGUCGAGAAACUCAAAAUGGAUAUCAGACAACUUCCUGAAAGCGUUAUAGUUGAAACAACUGAAUAUAAAUGUCUCCAAUCACAAUUUUCAGUUUUAUACAAUGAAUCUAUGCAAUUAAAAACUCAAUUAGAUGAAGCUAGACAACAAUUACAAAGUAGCAAAAAUGCGCAUUUGAGAAAUAUCGAGAUGAUGGAAGGCGAAGAAUUGAUUGCACAGAAAAAACUCAGACAAGAGGUUAUGCAACUAGAAGACUUCUUAGCCCAAUUAAGAAAAGAAUAUGAGAUGUUGAGGAUUGAAUUUGAACAGAAUUUAGCUGCCAACGAACAGACCGGUCCAAUUAACAGGGAGAUGCGUCAUUUGAUUACUUCAUUGCAGAAUAACACUCAACAAUUAAAGGGAGAAGUGCACAGAUAUAAGAGAAAAUAUAAAGAAGCUAAUGCCGAACUACCGAAACUUAAAAAAGAAAUAGAUGAUUUACAACAAAAAUUAACACAAGCCCAAGGUUCCAGUCAAGACUCCAAAGAGGGUAUUAAAAAGGAAGAGAUUAAAGAAGAAGAUUUAUCAAGCAGUGAAAGUGCACAAAUUAAAGAUGAACCAAAUCUUACAGUAAAAAAAGAAGAGGAUGAUACAGAGCAAACUGAAGAUAACGACGUUAAUAAAGAUCAAGCUUCCAGUUCCAAUGAUUCGUCGGGUAUUAAAAAAGAGGGAAGUGCAAAACAAGAUAAGAAUUCUAUCAAAAAAGAAGUGAUACCUAAAAAUGAAAAAGAUCAUAGAGAAGCAAUGAAGAUGAAAGAAGCAAAGAUUGUCGAAACUGAAAUGGUGAGAGAUCUAAAGAACCAAUUGAAAAAAGCUUUGAAUGAACAAAAAGAGAUGAAGUUACUGCUGGACAUGUAUAAAGGGGUCAGUAAAGAACAAAGGGAUAAAGUGCAAUUGAUGGCAGCUGAAAAGAAGUUACGAACUGACUUGGAGGAGCUAAGACAGACAUUAAAAAAAAUGCAGGAUAACAAGAGGGAUGAUAAAAGAAAAUUGGCCGAAGACGAGGCUUUGAAGAAAAUAAAACAAUUAGAAGAACAGAAAUACGAAUUACAAAAACAAGUUGCUAAUCAGAAACCGACAGAUGGUAAUUGGGGAGGACAUAACCCCCAUCAACGACCGUUUGUUGGGUCCCUGGAAGAAGAGGCUCUAUUAAAUGAAAUGGAAGUAACUGGACAGGCUUUCGAAGAUAUGCAGGAACAAAAUUCGAGACUGAUUCAACAACUUCGAGAAAAAGAUGAUGCUAAUUUCAAAUUAAUGUCAGAACGAAUAAAAUCAAAUCAACUUCAUAAAUUAGCUCGAGAAGAAAAAGAUGUACUGAAAGAACAAGUCGGAACGUUAACGACACAAGUGGAUGCCGCUAAUAUCGUCGUUAGAAAGUUGGAGGAAAAAGAGAGAAUCCUCCAAAAUACUUUAGCGACAGUGGAAAAAGAAUUGUCGUUACGUCAACAAGCCAUGGAAAUGCAUAAGAGAAAGGCGAUCGAGUCGGCGCAAUCUGCCGCUGAUCUGAAGCUUCAUUUAGAAAAAUAUCAUUCUCAAAUGAAAGAAGCUCAACAAGUGGUAGCUGAAAAAACUAGUUCGUUAGAAGCGGAAGCUUACAAAACGAAACGUUUACAAGAAGAAAUAGCUCAGUUGAAACGUAAAGCGGAAAGGAUGAAGAAGAUGGAAUUAGCAGGAACUACUCUAGACGAAGUUAUGAUGGAGGAAAUAAGAGAGUACAAAGAAACUUUAACUUGUCCUUCGUGUAAAGUCAAACGAAAAGAUGCGGUGUUAUCUAAAUGUUUUCACGUUUUUUGUUAUGACUGUCUCAAAACGAGGUACGAAACAAGGCAGAGGAAAUGUCCGAAAUGUAAUUGCGCCUUUGGGGCUAAUGAUUAUCAUCGAUUGUAUCUAUCUAAUUAAUUACUUAAUUUUAUUACAAGAUGUAUUAUUUAUUAUUUUGUUAUCUAUGUAUUUUGAUUCGUCUAGAAUCAUUGAAAUAAUUUCUUGAAAUAUUGUACAGAUUUUACCGGUUCCAUUCCCAAUCUUGAAUUUUAUUUUAUACUUUAUGCGAAUACAUUAAGAACUGUUCCAAUUAAAUUUUUUUUUUAAAUCAAAAUCAUUCACUUUUGUUAUAUACUUUUCUGUCCCCGUGUGGAGAUUAUACAAAAGUAUUGUCUCAUGUUAAAUUGCAAAAUUCUUUUUCUAAUAUUUAUAACUUGUAAAAAAAUUAAACAUAAGAAAUUUUAAAUGUUUAAAGUCAAGUUAUAAUUUGAUUGAACAUUAUCAUAUGUGAGUUUCUGUAUUUUCGUGAAAUAGGUGUAAAAUUAAGUUAUAAUUUGAUGUUUUUUAUCUAUAUAAUUGCUUUUAUGUACUAGACAUUCAUUAAAAAAAUUAUUAUAGAA